UCAUCAGUAGCCAGUAAGCAGAAGCACUUAGUUCACGUGGUGCAGGUUCAGCCUAUGGCGCUCCUAAUGUUCUCUAACUGGCUCUCUUCCGGUUCUGGCUCCUUCUCUCUCGACAAGAUGGCCACACCGGCAGUACCGGCGAGCGCGCCUCCCGCCGCCCCAUCCGAAGCCCCAGCUGCGGCCUCAUCUCCGGCCUCGGCCCCGGCCUCAGCCUCGGCCCCGGCUCCAGUGCCGUCUCCGGCCCCGGCUCCAGCGCCAUCGCCGGCUCCCACGUCAUCCUCAGACCCGGCAGCGGCUGCCACCGCGGCUCCGGGCCAGACCCCAGCCUCAGCGCCAGCCCCAGCGCAGACCCCCGCACAGUCUCUGUCAGGCCCUGCUCUCCCAGGUCCUUUCCCUGGCGGCCGCGUGGUCCGGCUGCACCCGGUCAUUUUGGCCUCCAUCGUGGACAGCUACGAGCGACGCAACGAGGGAGCUGCCAGAGUAAUCGGGACCCUGCUGGGAACCGUCGACAAGCACUCAGUGGAAGUCACCAAUUGCUUCUCAGUGCCACACAACGAGUCAGAAGAUGAGGUGGCUGUUGACAUGGAAUUUGCUAAGAACAUGUAUGAGUUGCACAAGAAAGUCUCUCCAAACGAGCUCAUCCUGGGCUGGUACGCUACAGGCCACGACAUCACGGAGCACUCGGUGCUGAUCCAUGAGUACUACAGCCGAGAAGCCCCCAACCCCAUUCACCUCACAGUGGACACCAGCCUCCAGAACGGCCGCAUGAGCAUCAAGGCCUAUGUCAGCACUUUAAUGGGUGUUCCUGGGAGGACCAUGGGGGUGAUGUUCACCCCUCUGACAGUGAAAUACACAUAUUACGACACUGAACGCAUUGGAGUUGACCUGAUCAUGAAGACCUGUUUUAGCCCCAACCGGGUGAUCGGCCUCUCCAGUGACUUGCAGCAAGUGGGCGGGGCUUCCGCUCGCAUCCAGGACGCCCUCAGCACAGUGUUGCAGUAUGCGGAGGACGUGCUGUCUGGAAAGGUGUCAGCCGACAAUACUGUGGGCCGCUUCUUGAUGAGUCUGGUUAACCAAGUACCCAAAAUAGUUCCCGAGGACUUCGAGACCAUGCUCAACAGCAACAUUAACGACCUGUUGAUGGUGACCUAUCUGGCCAACCUCACACAGUCACAAAUUGCCCUCAAUGAGAAGCUUGUGAACCUGUGAAGGGGCCACGGGCAGCCCUCCUGCCACACUGGGCCCCAGCCAACCCCAGAUGGAGUGAAGGAGAAAUGGUGUCUUUGUGAUCUGAGUCACACUGAGUCAAUCAACUGCUUGUGACUCUAAAUAAACAUAGACUACCUUUUGUAAGUGAAUUCCAUCUAAUGUGAGUUUCCCUCUGGGUGGAAGGGAAAAGGCAGUUCUGGAGCUCACCCAGGAACCAGGAAGUGAGUACUUUGGUGGAAGCUGGGUCGUGUUUGUGUGGCCUGAAUCCAGGUCUGGAUUUUUUUAUGCCACUAUCUUCUUCAUGGUUUAGUGGCCCAGUGAAAUAAUUGCUCUCACAGAGCAAAAAUACGACAUAAUGGGAACAUAAGGGCUGACCAGAGUCUGUCAAAGUCUACGUAAGACAUGAUAUCUGAGCUGAUGUUUUUUUUAAAAAACCAGGAAAUCUGGAAAGUGUGAUUGGGACAAAGGAAGUACAUGGACAAUUGCUUAACCUGUUUAGAAUCUAAGAAGGCAGGAGCCAGACCAUGAGGGCCCACAACCUGUGGAGGUUGGAUUUUUAUCUGGGAAGUUGUGGGAAGGCAUUGGGUAAUUAGAUUUGGAUUUCAGGAAGAUUACCAGAUACUGGUGUAGAGGUAGGAGGGAAAGGGAGAAAAACAGAAGGCAUAGGGUCGCCAUGAUUGUCAAGAGAUGACGCAAGCCCAGGUUCAGGCUGGGCCUUGGGGAUGGUGACAGAGACUUGGGUUCAGGAAGCAGACUCCAAGGAGGACCUGGAGUCUGGUUGACACUUGGAUGGUGAGAUGGGGGCAGUCUGGGAUAUUGCCUGGUUUCUGAUAAAGGUGAUAGAAGGGCUGGUGAUAUAUGAAAGCCCUGGCUACUCAAGAGUGGUGGAAGCUGAGAAUGCAGAGGUAGGGUUACAGGGUAGUUUACCAAAUGGUGAAGUCUUAAGUGCAAAUAAAUAUGACUUAUUUUGUAAA